GCACAGAAGGCUGAGGCAAAGUAUAGUGGGAGCAAAGAGAGAGGAGAGACCGAGGAGUAGUACACAGGACGGAUACUUCUUAUUCCAAGAGUUUAGACACAGUUGUGGACGGCAGUGUGCAGUUUGGACUUUGUUUGCAGAAAGUGAGGAGACCCUGCAGUGCAGACAAAGAGUAUUUAGCGAGCUGCCUGCAGAGACACACAAACUUCCCAACAUCUGGUCUGCUGGAGGACGGGGCGAUCCGGAGAGAGAAACUUUGGAGGCGGAGAGAAAAACUAUCUUCGCUGGAGAAAAUGCAUUGAAUUGGGAGUUUUGGGGGGCAACUACAUGACCCGAGAAGAGAUUCGGCGGUCGUGUAAAGUGACAAGAGUGGAGGGAAAGAGGACGGGAAAGGUCUCGGAGGGCGAGAAGUCCACCUGGAGCGGUCAGAGAAUGAAUUAGAAAAGUGUUUGGUUGCAGCGCGUCCCAGCCAGAGAGAAGGCUCACUCCUUGGCCCCUCCACCUCCUCCCAUAAGAGCCAGGCCUACGCCCAUGGAUGAGGAGAGGAGUGCCCCUGCCAUCUCCCCAGAGCCACCUGAUGAGGGGGACCCCAUUCUAACAGCUCCACAACCCAGUUCUCAUGCAACGGCUGCAGAGAUAGCAAACAACUGCCCGAACCCAAAGCGAUGUCCUAGUCCAGAUGUGGCCCACACCUAUACUGAGCCCCUCAUAUUGAGGUUGAAUGGCACCCCAGAAAGGUUGCGAGGUGAUGAUGGAGACAAGUGCCUCGCACACACGGAGCUUACAACACCCAGCAAGAGUAUUACAUCUCAACCAGCAGCCCGAUCCACGCCCGUCCACCACACCCAGCCAUGUCGGACACAGCCCAGCAGCCAACUACGCAACGGCAGCAAGCACCACACACACUCCUCCCCUCACACGCACUGUCCGCAUCACACGCACUCGCCUCACACGCACGGCCUCCAUUCCAACGGGGUCAGGAACGGGGGCCCUCAUCCUAAGCUGGGCUCCCUCCCGAGAGGUGGCUCAUCCACCUCCUCGUCCUCUUCAGCAGGACCCAAACACACCAAGAAAUUGCAGUCCAACCCGUCCAUCACCUCCCAGAGCAGCAAGAGGAGCAAGAGCAGCUCCAAGAGCAACAGCUCUCAGAUUCCCACAGAGGCACAGGACGAUUGCUGCGUUCACUGUAUUCUGGCCUGCCUCUUCUGCGAGUUCCUGACUCUGUGUAACAUCGUGCUGGACUGUGCCACCUGCGGCUCCUGCGCGGGGGACGACUCGUGUUUCUGCUGCUGCUGUGCGACGGAGGAGUGCGGCGACUGUGACCUGCCUUGUGACAUGGACUGUGGCAUCAUUGACGCCUGCUGUGAGUCUGCAGACUGCCUGGAGAUCUGCAUGGAAUGCUGCAGCCUUUGCUUCUCCUCCUGAGGCCCCCAGCCGCUACCACCGCCACCACAGGAGGCAAAGUACAUGUCGGUUCCACACUCCCACAAGCCCAGGAACAACUUUGACCAGUGUCUUAUCAGAGCUGAGAAGUGCUACACGCAGUCUUUGUUGCCUGGGCUCUGUGGUUAACACUAUAUUGGCUGGCCUAGUUGGCUCUACAAUAUGUCCAAUGUUUCUUACAAGGUUUGCCAAGCGAGAGAUGCUGAGAGCAGUCACUGGUGAAUUCUUCCCUCCUCCAUUGAUCAAACGAAGGGACAGUAGCUUCCCUGCCUUGUCUUUGCUGUGGGUCCAUUGCUACACAGCUGGAUAUAUGGUGCAGAGUGACUUCCAGCUGUGGUCCGAGAGUGUCUGCCAGACUGCGCAGACCGGGCCUCUGGACCCUCACAGAACAAGCUAUUAUUACAAUGGAGCCCCUUGUGCCGUCUGAAUGACUGGAGUUCCCCAAGCAUGAAAAAUGACCUCCAAAAGCAAAUGAGAAAAUGGCUCCAUUUAACCGGAUUUUAGUGUUUCUGUAGAUAAGAGCAGCAGCAUAAUGGGAAAAUGGACGCUCAGAUCUCAGUAGAAAUGUAGUCUGUCCUCCUGUCCUUGGCGAGUUUAAAGUCUUCCAGUUUGAUUGCGUACAGUGGCCUUUGUGACACACACACACACACACACACUUAGUGGAGGAUGUUGAAUCCACCGCUGUCUUUGUCCUCGUUGCAAUGUACAAAAUAGAGAAAACAUUAAUGGUGGCUUGUGGCAAUAUUACAGACAAAUUUCUUUUGUUAAUAUGCAUCUCACUUAACGGACUUAUUCAGAGAAGAACCAUGAGAGCGCCGCGCAUCAGCCUGAAGAUGGACAUCAGAGUGAAAGGUUGAUAAGCUUGAUAAGGUCAUGGACACAUUCUCUACUCUAACAUGUGAAAGGAGAGAGUUCUUAAUCAAAAGUCUCUCCUCGUUUAAUGUUUCACAUCUUGUUUACUUUUUCAUUUUUCUAUUUUGAGGGGCUGUAUUCAGUGAAUCCCUACUCGUCUGAACGGUCAGAGCUCGUAAAGGACUGGUAGAGGAUUGGAAGGCAUCAUCUCUUUUUUUAAUACAUUUCAUUUUUCUUUGUCGUUCUUGCUAUGUGAACAAAUGGCCUUGGCUUAGCUUAAGGCCUGAAUUUUCAAGUAGAUUCCUCACCUUUACCAAAUCUCUAUUAAUCCUUGUUUUGUAGAUUUUAGUUAAGAUAUUUGCAUUUCUCCUCUAAUGUGAAAAUCACAUUUCUGUGUUAUCGGGUUCUGCCGGGCUCUCUGUCAAGCAGACAUUGCUCAACAUCUAAUUUAAUUCCUUGAGUGAAAAUCUCACAACAUUAUGCUAAGUUAGAUCCAUAUGCUCGUAGUAUGAAUGGUACGCUUUUGAUAACAGGCCCGCACUCUCGUAUGCUCAGAUGCAUACCUUCUCCAACCCAAUACCUCUUGAGAUGUCACCUAGAUCUGUUGUGCAUUUUAAAAUGACUUGAUAAAAAAAUUCCUCUCCUCUCUGAUCAAAAUACUGUUUGUGCAAUCCUCCUUUCUUGGAAAUACCAAAGAGUUUUCCUCUUACUGGACCUUAGUUUCUUGACCUACAGUUAUUUUACUUUGAAGGGUCUUUGCUAUGCUAAUAUGGCUGUGGUUGGUUAAACCCUAUUUUAAGGGCUGAAAUAUAACACUGUUGAUUAAGAAUAUACACUAGGCUGUAGUUUUUCAGAAAUCAACAAAUGCAACUUGAGAAGAUAUUAUGACUCGAAAUGUCUGUUUGUAUCAGAUAGAACAUGUUUCCAAUUUUUAACUCCUUCGAACUCAACUGAAAAGAAAUCCUGGAGAGCCCUGGAAAACAAUGCAAUUUAUUUACAGUACAAAGAGAUUUAUGAAGGGAGAACUGGAAUAUAUAAUGUUGUGUAUAGACGUGAUAACAAUGUUAUUUGUUUGGAUUUACAACAUAUUGCAUAUUCUGACAAUGUUGCUUCAUCGAGGUACAUGUUCUCCAUCACCAGACCACAGACUGUCAAAGGAGUUGAUGUAGCCGAUCAGUCUGACAAGUGAAGACAAUGCACAAGUGCCUUUAACCUGUAUUCUCCCUAAUGACCAGCAGUGGGUGACUCCACUGGUUCCAAAAAACGUCCAAAUGUAUGGAAGUCUAUGAGAAAAUGACCCUACUUGAUUUAUUACCUCAGUACACAUUUUCCCAAGAAGUUAAUGAUCUCAAUCACAAGUUCCAAUCCUUCAAUACAACAUGUUUAUUCUGUUGAAUAUGCUCCCAAUUAGAAUAAAUAGAUAUGCAAUAAAGGCAUAGCAAUGCGUAUCUAUGGCACCGUGUUGAAACCUUGAAUUAUGAAAAACCAGGUGCACUGGCAUGCAAAGUGUCCAAGAGUUCUUAGUCAGAUCCACUAUCUUAUCCAAAUAUGGUCACUUCUGGCUCCAAAAACAAGCUGUGAUGGCCAAAUUGCCAAACUCAAGGCUUCAAAACAAAAAACCCAUGGGUAACGUCACAAUGGCUUCUCUUACACACUAAACCAGACCAACUUCAUGACAAAAAGCAUAGGGGCGAACUGUGAUAAAUAACUAGGGGUGGUGUGCAAAGCUAAUCUAUACACGUUUGGUAUAAAAACAUUGGCAGAUAGCAAAGCUGACUGCCUGUUGACUCUGCCUGUUAGCAGGCAGUGUUACAAUAAACAGUUAAAACAGUUUGCCAGGGCAAACAAGAAUAUGAAUACAUGUUAACAUAUGUUUCCUACAUGCUCAUUUUUCAGCUAAAACAAUAGCUUCACUGUUUAUUAACCCAACCCAACUGGCAUGUUGUUUCCUAUCAUUUAUGACUGUACAUAACCACAGCACCACUCGCUCCAGCUCCAGUUUCAACAUUCUUCCUCCUCUGCAGCUCAACUCAAACACAGUCCAAAGGGGCAAUCCGUUCAGCCUUCAAAACCAAAAUAAAUCCAGUUUUCAUAAAUUUUAAGUUCACAGACAGACUUAUCUGUGGUUUGAUGCUUUCUGAGUUGAUUUUAUUUUAUUUAAAUUCCUGUGCAGAUGUAACUGGAGGAAUAAAGUCAACAAAAACCUACCUGUGGCAGACAGCAGGGCUUUGCAAAUCUCUUUUUGGCAGUAGAUCAUAUAAACAUGUCUGACUCUCCUGUGAGGUUGUUGGUUUCCAAAAGUAGCUUCACCUGGGUUUUUUGAAGAGGUCCUGUUGGACUGUAAAGUGCAGAGAGAAGGUGCAGCAGCCUGUCGGCGCUACAGCUAGGUCGGGCAAUGCAACAUAAAUCAUGAGAAACAACAUUUUAAUACGGCCUGGGUUGAAAAACAGUGAACACAUCAUUUAUAUUUUAUUUAAUGAUGUUGGAAUAAUAUUUUAUGACUUGAUCAUUAAACACUACUUUAUAUCUUUACUGAGAAGUGCUUCACAAUUUGUAAGGAGUGGAGGCAGUCUGGAGGGAUAGAAACACUAAUUGGUUGGUCUGGGGAUGGAGAACACUGUUUGGACAUAGAAAGUUCCAAGAUGAACAUUGGUCUGAAACAUUUCGGUCAUUCUCUGGAUUGUAAAGAUUGUUUGGAGACAUGGAUUUGAUGUUGUGUCUGUACCAGACAGGUCAUCAUGUCUUUUCCAGAUAAUUCCCCUGUACUUAAUCAAGCUAUUGCAGUAAUACUGGAAGAAAAACAAGUUUACUUUCACUGUUGUCCAUGCUCAGUAUUAUCAGUGUUUUGUUAGAAUUACUUUGACUACAGAAAUGUCUAACUGUUGACUUUCAUUGAUUUAUUGACUUAUUAUGAGAUGUCAUUUGGAUAUUGAUUUUAAAGGGCUAGCCACCUCUGCUAGUACUCUGAAAGUUAUCCUAGCCCAGCUGAAUUGUUACUAGACUGUAGUCCACUAUAAUGUCAUGUUGUUUACACUACUCCAUUUUUAUGUCAAUUUGAAUUGCUGUCCUGGAAGUCACAUUAAAUCUCUUAGUUUAAUACUGAAUAAACAAUGUGAACUCCA